AUGGCAUCCGCUGAUUCUCCAAAGAAGAUGACUUAUGGUCUUCCGAUUGGGCAACUCAGGCCUCAAGGUCUCGCACUCAUCUUGGGCCUAGCAAGCUACGGAAAUAAAUCAUGGGAAGAGUGGGUGAUAGGGGAGGAAGAAGGAAUUGAACAUAUCAAAGCAGCUUAUGAUGCUGGCAUACAAACAUUCAUACCUCAAAUGUUUAUUCCCAUGGCGAGUCUGAACGCAUUCUGGGAAAGGCUAUCAAGCAACUCAACUUGCCUCGAGAUGAGAUUGUGGCAUUCACUUGAGCGUCUCCAGCUGGAUUACGUCGACGUGUUUCAAUGUCAUCGUUUCGAUUAUGAUACCCCUAUCGCUGAGACUAUGCAAGCACUGCAUGAUGUAGUCAAAGCAGGAUACGCGCGGUAUAUUGGAAUGUCAAGCUGUCAUGCCUACCAGUUUCAUGCGAUGCAGAACUAUGCAAUCAACAACAACCUGACGCCAUUUAUAUCGAUGCAAAACCAGUACAAUCUGAUAUAUCGUGAAGAGGAACGGGAAAUGAUGCCUACUCUGAAGAUGUUUGGAGUUGGUAUGAUCCCGUGGUCCCCGCUCUCGCAAGGCGUGCUGAGUCGCCCCUAUUCACAAACAAGUCUUCGGGCUGAAACAAGCGUACCCGGAGCCUGGGCUAAGAAGACUAAAGAAGACAACAAGGAAAUUAUUGUUCGUCUUGAAAACAUAGCCAAGGCCCGAGGUAUUAGUAUGGCUCAAGUUGCGAUUGCAUGGGAAUUAUCAAAGAGCGAUAUUGUUGCACCCAUCAUUGGUGCAACAAAAUUAGAACGUCUUAAGGACACAAUUGGGGCUAUUGAUGUGAAGUUGACGGACGAGGAGAUCCAGCAACUUGAGGAGGGGUACGUUGCGCAGCCAAUCCAGGGAUACAUAUAA